AUGAGUAAUUUUGAUGCAGACCCCACUUCCUUGUACAGCGUUAGGGGUAUCGUAAUCCUCGAUCAAGAUGGCAAUCGAGUGAUAGCUAAGUAUUUCGAUAAAACAACAUUUGGUACAACAAAGGAACAAAAAGCGUUCGAGAAGAGCCUGUUCCAGAAGACAUCGAGGAAUUCAUCAUCAGAAAUUAUUCUCCUCGACGGAGUGACGUGUAUUUAUCGGUCCAACGUUGAUCUCUACAUGUACGUCCUAGGAAGCAGUCGUGAAAACGAGCUUGUCCUCGAGUCGUUGCUCAACUGUCUUUUUGACGCUAUUUCAACAGUACUUCGAAAGAACGUGGAGAAGAAAGCUCUCAUCGAUGCUAUGGAUACAUGCAUCUUGAUAAUCGACGAGAUCUGCGAUGAAGGGAUCAUUCUGGAAACUGAUCCGCAGUCGGUUGUUUCUCGAUGUGCCUUGAAAGCCGACGAAAUUUCGUUCUCCGACCAGACAUUCUCGCAAGACAAAGCACUUUUUUCUUUGGAGGGAGGAAUGCUUCGAAAUCCUCCAAAACGUGUUGGAACCUCCUCACUUGUAAAUUCAUCACCUCGUAAGUCAAGAAAAAAGAGGAAGUAA